AUGCCGCCAGUUCCACCAGUCUUUGUGCUCUCCAUUCCUCCAGCCUCUGUCGAGCGCUCGACAACGACGCAGCAAGGGAACUUCGUCUGCACACAAGCUGCGCCUCAGGUCUAUGUACUUUCUUUCUCAAGCCCGCCCGACAACCGUUUGACUCCGGCAUUCAAUCAAACUUUCCUGUUGGCUCUUGACAUCAUCGAGCACCGCCUUCCGAAAGGAGUGGUUAUCACCACCUCAUCUAUUACCAAAUUCUAUUCGAAUGGUCUCGACUACGAAAAUGCAAUCAAGGACCCUGCCUUCUUCCCUGGAAGCCUGUUCCCUUUGUGGCGACGUCUGAUCACAUACCCCAUGCCGACGGUUGCGCUGAUGAACGGACAUGCAUUUGCUGGAGGCUUGAUGACGGCGAUGUUCCACGACUACCGUAUCAUGAACCCUCACAAGGGUUUUUUGUGCCUGAACGAGCUAGACUUUGGAGCUGCACUCCAACCUACUAUGGCAUCAGUGUUUCGAGUCAAACUGGGUAUGAGUACAUUCAGGAGCAUGGUGCUGGAAAGUAGACGAUUCCCAGCUUUGGAAGCACUCAAAGAAGGAAUGAUCGAUGGACUGGGUGGACUUGACGAGACAUUAGCCUUCAUCAAAGAAUUCAAGUUGAUCGACAAGGCUCAAGGGACAUCAUAUGGCAGGAUUAAAGAAGAGUUGUAUCGGGAGGUAAUCAAGGAUAUCGAUGAGAGUGGUGACACGCCCAGACUUUCCGCCGCUCGAGAUCUGGACCGAAAUCGAAGAGACUUGGAGGCAAGGAAGAGAGUGGACGAGUACGCUGUUGCUGUUGGCGCACCAAGGUCAAAGUUGUAA